AUGGAUGUCCUAGGGCUUUUAUCCAACAUAUCGCAGGUCAUUGACCUCCUCGUCAAGAUCGGUGUCAUGUGCUCCAUCUACUGUGUGGACGUGAAAAGAGCACCUCAAGAUGUGCGAAAGCUAUUGAAAGAGGUUGACCGUCUGACAGCGGUCAUCAAAGAGCUCGAGCUUUUACUUCAGAGCCCGAAGGGAUCCUCCAAAUUAGAAUCAUCAAGCCUCCGUCAGGCAGUUUUCGACCUUCGCAGGCUGCUAGCCGAGUUAGUUGCAAAGCUUGACUUGGGCGCCAAAAAUGUCAGAGCAGUUUGGCCUUUCAAAAAGAGGGAAAUUCAUGAGUUCUUUGUGGCAAUCGAGAGACAGAAAGCUAAUAUUUUGUUGCAUGUCAAUAUUGAGCAAACGGCGAUCCUUCUAGAUGUCCAUCAAGAAAUCGUUCUAUCCAAGCUACGAGUUGCAGAAGGAGCUACCUACGACUCCAGUGUAGACGGAGAGGAAUCUUUCUGCCUUCAAGGCACGCGGAAUCACAUCAUUGAGCAAAUACAGAAGUGGAGCGCCAGCCCCGAUGCCCAGUCCAUCUUCUGGCUCAAUGGCAUGGCAGGGACUGGAAAGUCUACCAUUUCACGAACAAUCGCUCAAUCGUUUGCCAAUGAGAGCAUACUAGGUGCUAGCUUUUUCUUCAAGAGGGGCGAAGGAGAUCGCGGCAGAACAAGUUUUCUCAUCACCACAAUCGCCGCCCAGCUGGUCCGUCGAAUUCCUUCCCUUGCUCCACGAAUCCGCGAAGUUCUUGACGGCGAUCCUCAAAUUCACGAAAAACCUCUAAGUGAUCAGUUUCAGAAGCUGAUUUUGGAUCCACUGGGAAGGAAUCCGGGAUGUUGGUCGCCAAAUCUGCUUAUUGUGAUUGACGCUCUCGAUGAAUGUGGUCAUGAAGAAAGUAUGAGGACACUUGUUGGCAUCUUGUCAAAAGCUAAACAAAGAAAUAAUCCACGGCUCAAAAUAUUUCUCACAAGCAGACCAGAGUUGCCUAUCCGACUAGGGUUCGAAGAAAUUAGUGGGAAAUAUGACAAUCUACUCCUUGCCGCAGUGUCGUCUACCACUAUUGAGCAUGACAUAGAGCUAUUCAUGAGACAUCAGCUUCAUACGAUCAAAGCAGAUUACAACAAGUCUGUCACGGAGCAUCGCAAAAUAUCUCCUGACUGGCCCGGAGACGAUAUAGUGCAAAAACUUGUCGUCUCAGCAGUCCCGCUAUUCAUUGUCGCCGCAACAAUAUGCCGCUUCCUCAGAGAUAGAAGACUAGGAGGCCCUCAUCAUCAGCUACGGAAGAUUCUCGAGUAUCACAAAAUAGAGACAUCCGGUCUUGAUAUGACGUAUCUCCCGACCUUGGACGGCCUUGUUGUUGACCUUUCGCUAUCUGCUAGGCAAGAGGUGUUGACUAGAUUCCGAUACUUGGUUGGCUCAAUAAUUACCCUAGCUCAACCUUUAUCCAUACGCAGCCUUGCUCAUCUCCUCGAUGUCACUACCGACGUCGUCGAAGAUCAGCUUGACCUUUUACAUUCAGUACUAGGCGUUCCUAUUGACUUGGAUACCCCUGUGAGACUGUUGCAUCUUUCUUUCCGAGAUUUCCUGGUUGACCCUGAAAAGAAAGUUGAUCCCAUCAAAUAUCCUUUCUGGGUCGAUGAGCAAAUUGCUCAUUCGAAAUUAUUCUCACAGUGCAUAAAGUUGCUGUCUGCAGGUGGCGUUCUCAGAGAAGACAUUUGUUCCCUUCAAUCUCCGGGUACACUGCGAUCUGAUAUAAGCCAAAAGGUCAUCGAUUCAUGUCUACCCAAUGCAAUCCAAUAUGCUUGCAUCCAUUGGGUCCACCAUUUAAGUCAAAGUAAUCGAACGAUACGGGAUGAUGAUGAGACGCACAAAUUCUUGUCGAGCUACUUACUUAAUUGGCUUGAGGCCCUGAGCCUUCUGGGGCGAAGCACAGAGGGCGCCUACAUGUUGGACAUCUUGUUGCAGAAGCUUGAUGUAAGUCUCGAUAUAUUCACUAUCUUCAUCGGGAGCUUUUUGCAUGAUGCGAGGCGAUUUGUUGUGGCUAAUAUGGCCACAUUAGACAAAGCGCCGCUCCAAAUCCAUUCAUCCGCUCUAAUUUUUGCUCCAGAAAUGAGCACUAUCAAGUGCUUGUUCAAAUCGAGCAUUCCAUCGUGGCUCAGUACCUUGCCAGUAAUGCAAUCUCACUGGGAUCCUUGCAUAGCAACAAUUGAAGAUCACGAUAUGAAGGACACAAGUGUUUUGGCACUUCCAACUGGUGAUAGAUUUCUUUCUAUUCUCCCAAAUAAAGGUGCAAUCAAAAUUUGGGAUACAAAAACAGCAUGUUGCGUUGCAACACACAAAGAGGUUUUGCGCGAUUCUAUUAGAAUAUCAUCUGAUGGCACAGAACUGCUCUACAUCUCUGGGGACAAAGUUCUCCAAAUCAUAGACGCCACAACAAGAAAUUGCGUUGGGGAAUAUAGAGGCCAUACCGACAAGGUUACAAGUGCCAUGUUUUCCAUGGACGGCCAACAAUUUGCUUCAGUAUCAAGAGACGGAACUCUAAGGAUAUGGGACAGAAACUUUGACAAGCCCGGAGCUGAUCUGAUAGCAUCAGUGGACCUAGUAUUCUUCUCUAAUAGCAGCCGACUCAUCAGCCCUAUGAAAGGCCAUGCUAUCGGUAUUUGGAAUACUUCAACCGCCAAAUGCGAGUCUCUCCUAGAAGGCCACCGCGCUGCGAUCUCUGAUGUCAUCCUGUCGAAGGAUGAAGGCAGAAUUGCUUCUACUUCCUAUGAUAAGGACAUAAGAAUAUGGGAUGCAUUCACAGGUGCUUGUAUCGCGGUAUAUAAGGGUCACGACAAGCAAGUUGCUAGUAUUACCUUCUCAUAUGACGAGAAAUUCCUCAUAUCAGCAGACUAUGAGAUUAAUAUUAAGGUUUGGGAUCUUGCUGUAGGAACUCAAUCUGCAAAAGUCGAAGGCCAUGAGAGUGCGAUCCUAGAAGUUGUAUUUUCUUCAGAUAAGAAGAAAAUCGCAACUACAUCUGGGGAUCGUGUCCUAAAGCUUUGGACUGCCGCCAAUGGAGAAUGCAUAGGGACGGGUGAUGAUCACCAACUUUUUGCCUGGGCACCCUUGUUGAUCCCUCUGGAUAUGCUCUCCGCUCCAUUUGACUAUCUCAUGAACCGCCAACCCAGUAUGACGGGCAUCGGCCUCAGCAACGACGCGGAGUGGAUCACAUGGAAUUCUCAGAAAAUGCUGUGGCUACCACCUCCAUACCGAGUGUCAGCAUCAGACAUAGCGGCAUCUACGAUUGCUCUUGGGACUCGCGUCGGGCGGCUACUCUUAAUAGGAAUUGACCCCUCAGCAGUCCCGGAUUCACAUUAG